AUGCUGCAGAUACCAUCUAUUAAGAUGCGUACCCUACUGAUUAGGUAUAUGAUUGAGAAUUUUCAGGCCAGCACGGCCAGAUUCAUUAUACAAGAGCAGGUUGGGGAGGUGACUCUCGGUGCGGUCGACGUCGAGUGCAUCUUUAACCUCGAGAACCAAGGACUGUCCGCUUCGGACAUUCUGACUGAAGAAGGCGAGGACUUCAAGGAGUGGGUGCCGCCACAAUUUCUCACUAAGACAUCAGAAAACAUAGUGAUAGAUAAUCUCAUUGAGGACAUAAUUAAAAGUAAAGCCACCGACGACGAUUUCCUUCGGAAAGUAGUCCUUGUCCUGUUAGGAACAAUUAUUGCUCCCAUGUCGAGCAAGAUUGUGCCAAAGCAGUACUACGCUUUGGUCGAUGAUGUGAAACGUAUUUCAAAGAUUAACUGGAAUGCGUUCACCCUGCGUGUUCUCCUUGAUUGCCUUCGUAUAGUCAAGAAAGGCAAACACCUCCGCCAAUGGCCGAAAGGCAAUUUGGCUCUGUUGCAGUACUUGUACUCAGAGAAGGUGCAACCUGUCGAAGGCGAAUGCGCCUAUAAUCCCAACUUGUCCAUACAACCUCUUAUGAGGAAUUGGACAGAAGGUGCAGCCACUAGGAGAGACCGGUUCGACUAUGAUAAUGGGCGCGGCUGUGGUAACGUCAAGAUCGAAAAUAAUAUCACCCAAGAGUAUAGGGCGCAGGAGUCCAAAAUUCCAAAUAAUGCGCCUACCAUGAAGCCAAAAACCAAGCCUGCAAAUGGAAACGCAAGGAAGUCGACGACAGCCCCAAUGUCGGAAGAUUUGAUGGAGCUUCUAAUGAAGCAGUGCAUGGACUUCAUACACACCCAGAUGAGGCAAAUCCCUGAUCAAGUUGCUGAGAGGUUGUUGGAGAAGUUGAACAAAUCAGGUGUCAUGUACAAGCCGGCUGCUGCCGUGCCAUCCGCGGACAAUGAUGUGGAUGAAGAACUGGAUUUGUUCGAGAACGGUCCAUAUGAAAAGAAGGAAUUCGUGUACAAGGAUGACAUAGACUCAUGCGGAGAGCCUGUCAUUGACAUGACGCAGCCUGAUGAAGCGGUUCCCAACCAUAAAAGCGUACCUAAGAAAACCCCACCGAAGAUGAAUGGACACAAGGAAGCUUCACCUAUUAAGCGUAAUGAUGAAUGUGGCGCUACACCCGAAAACCCUUGGGUCGUUGGUACUUCUACUCAAGCACCUUCAUCGGACAUAGACAUUUGUCCAUCUUCUGGCAGCAAGUUCAUGGCUAAGGCGAAUGGAAGAAAGGGUGCAACAAUCGAUAAGGAUGAGGAAGUUAUGUCCGGUAAGCGCAAGCGGACUGUUCCUAAGAAAUUUGAAUCCCCCUACGCACUUGACAAGCCCAGCAGGCGUACCAACCGUGGUCAGAAACCCUCCGGUACUACUACUGCUAGUAGAGGUAUCCUCUCUUUUCUGAAAAAUCAUGAGCCGGAGGUUGUGGCAGAUGAGUUGACGCCGGAAAUAAUUGAUGCAGCUGUUUCAUUUUUCGAGUUAGCUGCUAGCACCGAGAAGAAUAAGGGGAAGAAAGUUUACUACAGUGAAUGGCGUGGCAUAUCUCUGACUUCCGAAAGGAUUCGACCGGUUAUUGAUGCUUAUAUGGGACAUUUGGAGCUGCGCGUUGGUCAUGAUCGUUACCUCUGUCCAGCGUGGAGGUCCAAAUUCCUUGUAGAUUGUGCUAUCGCACGAGAUGAUCCAUUGCCGUCGAGCUGCAACAUGGAUAGUGCUCUGUCUAAAGCUGGAGCAGUUAAUAGAGUCACGAAAGAGUAUACUGUGCGUGAUAAGACGUAUAUCGCGUUGAAUAUCGACAAUGCCCACUGGAUGACCGUGGUCAUGCACUUGAUCAAGAAAGAAUUCCAAGUUCUCGAUUCACUCUAUCCUCUGGACCUGACAGAAAAGACUGUCAAAGCACUGGUAGCAAAUCUUAUUACACAAGGGAAAUAUCCGAACGUAAGUAAGUGGCCUAUCAAGGAGUAUGACAUGCCCCAGCAAGAGGAUGGGAGCUCUUGUGGACUUUUUGUCACAGAAUGUCUAGAACAUUGGGACGGGGCCCGAAUGACCCGCGAUUUUUCACAGGCCACCGUUGACGCAAGGAGAAGACGUUUCGUCGCCGAGUUGAUUAUGUCACCUUCGAACACGAUGGAGUGUGUGAAGAACAAAAUUCGCGAAAUCGCAAGGAAAAGGCGCGCCUGA